AUGGCAUCUCAAGGUUUGUGUCCUUCGAUAAAAAAUAUUCUUCUUUUGGACUCUGAAGGGAAGCGUGUGGCAGUCAAGUAUUACUCAGAUGACUGGCCAACAAACAAUGCAAAGUUAGCUUUUGAGAAGUUUGUAUUUAGUAAGACUGUUAAGACAAAUGCUCGUACAGAAGCUGAGGUAACGCUACUUGAGAACAAUAUCAUAAUUUACAAAUUUGUGCAAGACCUGCAUUUCUUUGUCACUGGUGGUGAUGAUGAAAAUGAGCUCAUUUUAGCAUCAGUACUUCAAGGUUUCUUUGAUGCAGUCACCCUUCUGUUGAGGAGCAAUGUUGAUAAAAGAGAGGCCCUUGAGAACUUGGAUCUCAUUCUGUUGUGUCUUGAUGAGAUUGUUGAUGGAGGGAUGAUACUUGAAACAAAUGGACCUCUUAUUGCUGAAAAAGUGACCUCUCAUAGCUUGGAUGCUGAUGCCCCCUUGUCAGAGCAGACACUAACUCAAGCUUGGGCUACAGCCAGAGAACAUUUGACAAGAACCCUUUUAAAAUAA